AUGCUAAACUAUACCACAGCAGCAAUAAAAUUCAUCGAUGACUCAACAACAUACGCAUCGUCGGGGAUCCAAAUCACAACCAGCGACGACUGCUACAUUGUGACCAUCAGCCACAUCCCUUCCAUCUUCCGAUCUCGCAUCUACGUCAAUUUCGGUCCCGCUGAUGGUCCUGGUGAUGAUGAUUCAGCACGCGUGUCAUUGUGGCAUCGAUGCAAGAUCUCCAGGGAAUGCCCCGUUGACAUCAACGAAUUGAGCUUUUUGCGGCGUGAAUUCGCGAUAUUUCCCCGCGAUGCCAUCCCCGGAUCCAGCCGCAUCUCCCUUCUCCAACUACGCAUAAUUGAAGCCAACGUCAACAUCACGAAAAAACCGCGUCCCUUGCAAAUAAUGCAUCAGGCGGUGAGGGGGAGAUCCGAUGUUGUUGUAGGUGCGAAAAUCCAAGUUAUAAGCUCGCCCUUCAACGCCACCAACUCGAUGCUAUUCCACGACUUCACCAGUCUGGCGUCGAUCAUAUACGAUUUCGGUGGUGGCGCAUUCUACUUGAGCGACAUGAAGUAUCUUGACGAUAUGCACGGCGGCGUAGUGCUCACACUCGAGGGUGAUGCCGUGGGGUUGGUAUUGGGGAACUUGCGCAAAUUGAACGGCGAUGGAGACGUGGUGCUCAUUUUACCCUGGUUUAAAAUCACCCAUCUUCUAUCUCGCGCUGAACCAUCGACUCGUCAACAGGGUGGUGAAGUUCAACCCACAAACGUGAUGCCGAUUUUGAUUUCCGAUGGAAGGAAUCAGAACACGUGGGGGACGUGCGUGUGGUAUCGGCCCCAAGUAUUAAUUACUAAUGCUCACGUCAUAUCGCCCUUUGUCAACUCGAGCCGCGGCUCAAGGUCAGCUAAGGUGGUGCUCCUGAUGGGAAACGCAACGAUUAGCUUGCUGCAUCGUGACCGCAUCGUGGUUCCCUCGCGUGACUUGGACCUCGCUUUCAUCUUCCUUCACGAGAAACAAUUGAAUCACCAUCAAAUACAGCCGGCUUCAUCUUAUCGAGUUGGCGACAACGUCGAAACGCAUUCGUUCGGGCUAUUUUUGAAUGAAGGGCACUUGCAACCUUUGAUCUCGCAAGGUAUAAUCAAUCAGAUAUAUCCUCAGGGGAUGAUUAUUUCUUCCGCCUCGUGCUGGAAUGGAAGUUCCGGUGGCGCAUUGAUGAAUACACAGGGCGAAUUCUUGGGGUUGAUUUGCUCCAAUGCUGAAGUGGCCAAACCGCGUCGAUUCCAGGAGGAUGAAAAAGAGGAGGCUAAAGCUAAGGCAGAGAGUGAGAGGAUGACGGACUUGACAUUUGUCUUGCCCGUGGAGAUGAUCAAUUACUGCUAUGACCAAAUCCUCAACGGCGUGACUCAGGUCCCAGUCGAUUCCAACAUUGCAGAUCUAUGGAAAUUGAAGCCGUUCCAUACCGAAAUCUUGAUUGAGCCUUCAAAAUUAUAG